AGAGAAAACUUUUGCUGAGAGUUAUUUCAUACUUCAAUUAUUGCGAAUAUGCAUUUCAACACUGCAUGAAAUAAAACAAAAGAUCGGUGCAUUCACUUCAGACAGGCGGCUGACUACGUGCUAUUAUCUGCCCCAGGGAAUUGCCCAGAGCCCCUGUAAUAACCCAUAAACUCAUUCAGAACCACAAGCAUUGUAAAUUAGUUUCAUCUUUUUAUUCAUACCAACCAGAAGGUGCAGAAAAUUUCGUUCAUUUUUUGCACAGAGCGCACGACAAGUAAAAAGUUGUUUAUGAAUAUUUGUUCGAUUUGAAUUUUUAAUCAAACAAUUAUUGGGCGAACAAAAACUUCACUGAACAAUUUUAAUACUUCGUGUUAUUUUUUGUACUUUAUUCAGAAUAAGACAAAUUUGUGUUUGCAAAAAUUGUUUAUCGGCAGAAACAGAAGCUUUCAACUCUGAAAAGACUUAGAAAAUAAUGGAGUCUUCAAGCACUGACAAUCAAUCUUAUGAAUCUCAAACAGUCCCAAUUCAAUCUCAAGAACCAGAGUUGCAAGAGAAUGGUAAGAAAAAGAAAAAUGCAUCGUUUUUGAAGAGCUUCUCCAACUGCUGGAAAACACCAGAAACUGAACCAGUCAACUUUGAGGCUCUGAAACUUGACGAAAGUGCCAAAGAAAAAGAAAAGGCGGUCAAAACAAAUGAAAGACUACGGAAUCAGAGGUCAAAGAGCUGUAUUCCUGCAGAGGGAGAGGGACUUGGAGGUAAAAGUCAAACUGAAGAGGUCAAAUCUGAAGGGCCAGGAGGAAGAAAGGUCAAAUUUGAGGAAGAUAAAUACGAGAUGAUCGCUGAUUCUCAAAUGGCUGAAACACAAAAGGGUGACAAACAAUUUGCGUCACGCGCUGUUCCAGAGGCACCGGACGUCUGGAGUCCGGAAGAGGCGGCAACUCUGAUCAAGGCAGUUUGGCGGGCCAGAGAGACCAGGAGAUCCAUGCCACACAUCACACCACUGACGACCACGACGAAAAAGCCAUGAUGGCCAUACAUAUAUCCAUGCUUAGAACAAAAGAACCAUGGAUGUGAUUUUCGUGUUUAAUUUAUGACUUAUAGCUCUUAAUGAAUAGAAGUGUAUGUUAAAGAAAUUUUGUUGAUAACAGAAAUAUGAUUGAUGUGAUGUGAUGUUUAAACUCUAGAUUAAUUUUUGAAAAACGCCACUUGAAUACGAGCUUACUUUUUUGUUCACAGCUUAAAAAGUCAUCCCAGUUUUGAAUCAUAGUAGCCUAACUUAAACACUAGUUUUUUUUUCAAAAAA